AUGAUUCCAGAAACGCAUAUUGAGGGCUCUCUCGGGAAUAGUAGAAAUGUAAGGAUUGAAGAAAUUGUUCCUUCAUUGUCUAGUAGUUCUUUGAAGACCACAAAAGCAGUAGCAGAUCAAAAGAAAGGAGUUCCAACGUAUGAGGAAAUUCUGGUACGGUGGGGACUUGAUCAUGGCCAUCAUUCUCGUAAUUCAUCUUCGGGGGUGCUGUCCAAACUAUGUUGUUUUGGAGGGGACAGAGAGGAAUCGGAGUAUCACAAGGAUUUUCCUCAACCACCAGUAUUGCCAAACAGGCAAGACCUGAUGUCGUUGAUUACAGUAUCUGGUAUUGCUGCUGAUUCUAAGGAAAUCACCAUAUUGAAUAAGCCUUACACAAUCAACAUGGAAAUUAAUGAAAAGGAUAUUGUAGAGAAAUAUAUCAAGUUGCUACCGAACCAAAGCAUUUCAUCAUUUAAUCUUUCCUCUUCAUCAUUCAGCACGCCGCCAAAGAGGACAGGCAGCAAAAAGAGUGUUCAAGACAGCCACACAAAGAAAGCAACACCUGUAAAUAGUGGUAAAACAUUAGAAUCAAACAUCAUGCAAGGAAAGUCUGCAAAGGAAGACGACAUAGUCAUUCGAUCCAACACAUCACCUCAUUCUGAUUUCACUUCAACACCAUCAAUGCCCGUGGUACCUGGAACAUUGGGCAAUGAGACGCCCCAGCCAACAACACCCCGAGGAUCUGUUAGACCGGCUCUCAUGUUCAACAAUGAAGAUUUGUUUUUUGGAGGAGGUGAAGAAGAGAUUGAUGAAGAUCUUCAGAGCUAUGAUUUUGGUAGUAACGAUGACUCUCCAAGAACCAAAACUAGAUUUUAUGGCGUAAAUAUGCAAGCAGGGGAAUCCUUCUCUUCGCUUCCUUCAAUGAGAUCACCAGCACAAUUCGAAGGCAUGAACGUGGAAAAUUUGUUGGCAACUCUUGAUACAGAUGAUAGUGAGAUAUUCGGAAGCAAUAUAAAAGAUAUUCAAGCUGACAAGGAAAGCGAAAAAGAAAAGAAACGAAAAGCCCUUAUCAGCAUUCAGUUAUUCAGAAAGGUAGACGAAAUUAACAAAUACCUAGAAAAGAGUACAAGAAGCACAAAAUAUGUCUACAAAAAGACACAAAAGGAAAUGGACAAUGUUCUCAAAAUCAAUGCAAUUUUUACUGAUUGGAAGCUUGUACUACCUUCUACUAUGAACUAUCUAUACCUUAUUACUCCAUUCCCAGAAAUGAAUCAUUAUUCAGUUUUUAAUUUGAGCAAGUUUGGAAAAUUAUUGGAAAUAAUUGGUGCAAGUAAGAAAUUUGCUGAAGAGAGAAUUGACUUAAUUUUAUACCUGUUCAUUGAGUUGUUAACCAAAUUAAUUGCUCAAAACAUUAACAUUUAUGUGGACGUAUAUAAUUUGAUGAUUUGGAAAAACUUGAAAUCCAAAAACGACCAAUUUUUUAUCAGAGUCAAUCCUGCUCUUGAUUUCUCAGAACGACAAAUAACAAUUCGAACAGUGCGAACAAUGAUGAAUCGUCUAAUAGUGUCUCUAUUUGACACAAAAAUUAAGAGCAUUGUAAAAUAUGAUGUUAACUCUCCUCGCCAAAGACAAGCACAUGAGCUUGUUUUUGUACUACCCAAUCCUGUGGAUUCUCAGAAAGACUUUUUCAUUACAAUGAACUUGAAAGAUUUUCCAAGCAAAUACAUGCCCGUCCUCCUGGUACUUAGCGAAGAUUACGACACUAGAGCGUAUAAUGUUCUUACAUAUUCUAAGAAGCUACUCAAUGUACUUAAAUCCAUGAAAGAGUGCCGAUGGUUCAACAACGUUCUAGAAAAUAAGUUUGAAAAAACAUCCCUUAUAGAGGACCCAUUUAAUGAUUAUGAAAACAUUGCCCACAAAUCGAAACCUCAGUUGAUUCUCCUCAUGAAAACUAAUAACAUCUUUCCUGAUCAAUAUUCAUCGAAAUACAUUACAACACCGAUGGAUGUUCGAUACAAGGACAUCAAUGGAAAGUCCAAAUUUUUGGCCAAGUAUUACGCUGCCAUUGAUAGUAGAUCUGUAAUUUUAGAAAAUAUUGAGUACAGUUUAAUCAACUUUUUAGACAUUAUAGAUAAGAGGUUCAUUGGUAGAGAUCGAGUUCAGAUUUAUCACAUUAUGCUUGUACUACUCCAAAUCAUUAAGGGAGUUUGUUUUCUUCAUUCGAGAAGUAUAGCUCAUUUGAACCUUAAUCCGUUUACUGUGCUCAUUCAAAGCGAUGAUACAGAAUUAAUUUCAACAGAGCUUGUUCGUAAACAUUUCUCGGUCAAAUAUUGUGUCAAGUUGUGUGGACUGGACUGGUCUAUUGACUGUACCAAUGAAAGAGGUCAAACUCAAUGCCCAGUAGAUUUACAAUCAUCUUUCGACGUGUUAGACAAAUAUCAAAACUCCUGCAGCUCGUUUAGAUAUGUGAUGUUGUACAACAUUUUCACAGAAGAGGGUUUGAGCAAGGUUGCUGGAACCUCUGACAGGGAAACAUUAGUGAAAAUGCAAGAAAUUAUUCCAUUUAUUGCCCCUUACGUUUUUUUUCAAAAGAAAUUACAUUUUGGAUGUGAUUACUACUCAGUGGCAAUGCUUAUAUAUUUUUGCUUAUUCAGACGAGACACAUCGAACUGGCUUUCGAACUUUUCUUAUUAUCGAAAAGUCAAUGGGUUUUAUAAUUGGGAAGCUUUUUUGUUAGAUAUGGAACACAAAAGAUAUGACCAUUGCCUUCCAUGCCGACAUGAUUUCCAACCUGAACUUAAACCUAUUAAGGAAAUGAUGAUGAAACUUUUUUCUCACUACAAGGAAUACAGACACCAAGAAUCAAGUGCUCUAAAAGCUCUGUUCACUGACUCAUUGGUAGAUGCAUUGGGAGCCACAGCUAGAAGCAUUCUUGUACAAUCUGUUGAAAAUGGUGAAUUCAACCCAGAAAAACUGAGCUCUCCGUCCAUGAGAAAAACUACAACAAGUUCUCUGAAUGUUGAAACAACUCUCACAAGCAGUACAGAACAUACAGAAUCCAGAAUUUAA